GCGGUGAAGUGGUGCUGCCUCUCGCUUUCGGCUCGCGGCAAAGGCAGCCCAGCGUCUUUGAAAGAGCCCCUCGCACAGCGUCGCGAGCGCUGCGGCGGGGGCGAUGGCGAGCGAGUUCCGCGACUCGAGCGCGUCGGGCUGCGGCGGCGGCUGGGCGGACAUCUCCGUGAUCCUCGAGUGGUCCGACCCCGUCGGGCGGCGGCGACACUACAACUGCGCGCUGGCGAAGCCGCGGACGAUCCAGUGGGUCGUCGACGACUGGGAGAGGAACGUGGGCGUCGCCGUGCCGUCGGGCGCCGUCGCCUACGUGAGCGAGCGCGGCGCGCCCUGCGCGCCGUUCCCGCGGUCGCGCCUCGUGCGCGAGUCGUGCGAGAUCGUCUUCAAAGAAGCGGACGCGGCCGGCGCGGAGCUCGUCGUCGUCGUCACGGACGAGUCGGCGGGCAUCGCCGCGUCGCCGCCGAAUUUCGCGUCCAUCACGGCGCGGGGCGUCGAGCUCGGCGGGCGGCCCUGGGCCGGGAGCGUCCGCGAGCUCGGCGCGCUGCUUUGCGCGUUCCCGUUCGAGCCGCAGGACGCGCACACCGCGCGCGUCUACGUCGCCUGCGACCCGUGCAGCCUCGACCGCGACGCCGUGGUGGCCGCCUUCGACGCCGAGCGGAAGAUCGACGGCGUCUACGAGCGCGUCCGGCCGACGAUCCCCGUCGCCGAGGCCGCGGCGUUCGCGCGGCGGAUGCGGCGGACGCACCUCGUGCACCUCGAGCUCCAGGGCGGGCGCCUCGCCGCGGACCAGGACGAGGACUGCAGCCUGCGGCUCGAGGUCCAGGUGCGGGGCAUGCCCGGGAACCUCGUCGUGCAGGACAUCAUCUCGCGCCACGACGUCGACAACGUGCUCCGGCGAGUGACCGUCUCGGAGUUCGUCGCCAUGUACGUCAGCAAGAACGCAACGCGCGUCACCCGCCUGGUCGUGGCCGCGACGCCGCUGCGCAAGUCCCUCGAUCGGCGGCUCAUCGACCUCGUGGCGGGCACGGCGACGACCGCGGAGGGCAUGGUCGACACCGCGCUCGCGGAGUGGGACGUGGCCCUGGACGUGCUCUGCCCCGGGCCGCUGCGCCUCAGCCAGCGCGGGCCGCGCAUGAUCCGCCUCAAGGUGGUCUGCGAGGACGCCGCCGUCGGCGACGGCCGCUUCCCGCCGCUGCUGAGGGGGCCCGUCGGGGAGCGCGACGGCUUCGACAACCUCGGCGGCGACGAGCCGCCCGUCGUCGUCUUCGUCACCGACGAGAAGACGGGCGACGUGCUCCUCGCGCGGAGCAUCGCGGGGACCGAGGCCAACCUCUGGUUCACGCUCCAGGACGUCUGGACGCGGCUCCGGGGCGAGCUCCUGCUGGACAACCCCUACAUGGAGUCGUCCAACGGCGCCGUCCCGACGGCCUUCUACUCGACGAACGAGCGGAUCUGCGCCCUCGACUGGAAGGCCCUGGAACGCACCGCCGGCACCGACCUCCUCGGCGCACCGCUGGUCCCGCAUCGCGGCGGACGAUCGGUCCUCGAGCGCGUCGACGAACCCGACGACGUCAAGCUCGGCGACCUCUUUCCCCACGACCCGGCGCCCGGGCGCCGCGCGAGCCGGGGCAUCCUCGGCGUCUCGCUCCGCGGCAUCGAGUGGGCCCAGGUGAACCUGGACAUCAUCGUCUUCGUCUUCGAGCACCGCACGGUCGGCGGCCGCCUCGGCCGCGAGUUCCGGAGCGUGCUCCAGAUGCCGGAGACGCGCGUGACCUUCGACGGCGUCGAGCUCGCGCCGGGCGCGCUCCAGUCGCCCCUGAACCGGAGCCUCAUGCAGCCGCCGGCCCUGCACACGCAGGAGGGCGAGCCCAUCGUCAUCGCCGUGCUCUCCGACGAGUUCGGCGAGCGCUUCCGGCGGGACCUGGCGCCCGCGGACGAGCUCGGCACGUUCCUCGUGCUCGCCAAGGACUCGCACGGCCCGCUCUGGGACCUCCUCCGGUGCCCCGCGGCCGACAACCACGCCUCCGUCAAGGACGCCGUCGAGGACGUGUUGGAGAUGCCCGGCGCCCUCGACGAGGCGGGCGCGUCCGUCUCCUUCUGCCAGGGCCGGCCCGAGCACGCCGAGGACUACCACACGCACUUUGCGCACCUCGUCGACGGCCAGUUCGUCGGCGAGACGCACCCCAUCGAGGACCCCGCGAGCGUGUCCGUCGCCUACCUCACGCAGCGCAGCGAGCUGGCGCGCAUCGGCGAUCCGCCCUUUGCGUGCGUCGUCGCCGACUUCCCCGCCUCGACGCUCCGCGCGGGGACGCGCCUCGACGUCGCGAUCUUGCACGGCGACGACAAAAAGGACCUGCUCAAGUUCGACCUCGUCGUGCGCAUGAAGCUCCCCCAGGUCAUCGCGCAAUGGGUCGGACAGGGCAUCGAGCCGACGAUCCACCGGCUCCACGCGGGCGGCGAGAUCUCCGAGAUGAUCUACGACAAUCUGUGCGACGACGUCGUCUGCGAGAUCGAAGAGGCGCGGUCCAUCCGCAUCGCCGUCGACGGCGGGCCGGAGCGCCAAGUCGACUACGACGACCACCUCGGCGCGCUCCUGGGUCCGUCUCCGCCCGAGCGCGUCGCCGUGACGGUCUGGCUCGACGACCGGCGCAAGAAGGUCCCGCGGACGCAGUGGACCAAGCUCCAGCACGGCUGCUGGGCGACCAUGGCCAAGGAGCGGGUCAUGCGCGGCGAGUUCAUCUACAAGCUCGACUGCUGGAAGCGGCUCACGGUGUCGGGCACGGCCCUCGCGAGCGUCUACUGCCUCGGCGAGAGCGCGUUCCUCGAGGUCGGCGUCGCGCUCGGCCUCUUCCCCUGGCCCGCGGGCGGCGACGUCGACGACGAGGCCCUGUCCAAGAUCUUCGACGGCCUCACGAUCGCGGCGAACCACUCGGCCGCGGCGCGCAGCAGCAGCUGGGCGAUCCUCUACAAGAACCACGCGGGCUUCCCGACGGCGCGGCACCCGGACAUGGACCAGCCCCUCCACUCGGGCACGCUGUCGCUGCUGAAGCUGCUGAAGCUCCCCGAGCUCCUCGCCGUCGCGACGACGUGCGCGGACGCGCCGGCGGCGCGGCGCAAGCUCGUGCUGGGCCUCGUGGGCCUCGCGGCGCGCGCGGAGCCCUCGGAGCCCGCGGCGUUCAGCCGCGGGCGCCAGCCGUCCGUCGUCGUCGUGCUCCUCUCCGUGCUGAGCGCGGCGGCCGCGGGCAACAAGCCGUCCUGCGCCCUCUUCGGCGAGACCUUCGACACGCGGCCCCUGCUCGACGCGCUCGGCCGCCUGCCCGUCGCGCUCCUCGAGGACGUCAAGCUCGACUGGCGCGCGUACGAGCCGGAGCAGCGGUCGGCCUUCGAGCGGGCGCUGCUCGAGCUCCUCGUGCUCUGGCACCUCGUGCGGCCGAGCGAGACCUACGCGUCGCACGUCGAGCUCGCGGCGACGGUCGAGGGCCACGACGCGUACCGCGGCGCGGGGGCGGCCUUUGCGCUGCAGCUCCAGCUGGAGCUCAACAAGGUGCCGCGCGCCAAGGAGGCGAGCCUGCGGUUUCGCCGGACGCUCCAGCGCAAGCACGCGCCCGAGGCGGUCCUGGCGUUCGCGUCGGCGAACGUCCCCGCGGGCGCCGCGCGGGGCAGGAAAAGAGAGCGAAAUUCCCAACUUCAAAGGCUCUUAGCUCGACCGUUUCCCACUCGCGCCGCGCGCCUCGCGGAGCUCUUCGCGGCGCCGCUGGGCUUUCGCGGCGGCGGCGGCGACGGGCCGCCCCCGGCGGAACACGUCGCCCUCGUGGCCUUCGCCGGCGCCGCGAACGGCGGCGCGGCGGACUUCCUCGACGACUUCGGCGCGCCGCCCGCGAAGGGCGCCGGCGCCGCGGCGAAGAAGAAGAAGCGGAGCCGCGGCGGCGGCAAGAAGAAGCCCCCGAAGAAGGCCGAGGGCGGGGGCAAGAAGCCCUGGUUCUCCCUCUUCAGCGCGUCCGUCGCGCGCGAGCUCGAAACCGCCGCGCGCGAGCUCGAGACCGCCGCGCGCGAGCUCGAGGCCGCGGCGGCCGACGCGGCGCCCGCGGCCGCCCCGGAGGAGCCGCCGCCCCUCGGCGGCGACUACGUCGACGUCCCCAGCGACCCCAACGCCUGGGAGCUCCCGACUCCGGCCGCCGAGCGGCCGGCGGAGGCGGCCGCGCCGGCGGACGACGAGCCCUACGACGAGGAGCCCCUCGAGCCCGAGGCCGUCGCGCCCCCGGCGCCGCCGCCGGGCCUCGCGCCGCCGCGGCCGUCCGAGCCGCCGGCGGAGCCGCCCGCGGAGCCGCCCGCGGACGACGGCUGGGAGCCCUACGACGCCGCGGCCUUCGACGACGUGCCGCGCGAGGACACGACGGGCGACGAGGCCUUCGCGGCCAUGCUCGCCCGGGAGGAGCUCGAGGCCGCCGGCGGCGACGCCGCGGCGGCCCCGGGCGGCGACGCCGCGGCGGCCCCGGGCGGCGACGCCGCGGCGUUCCCGGGCGGCGAGGCGCCCGAGGCGUGGGAGGCGAACCUCGCGGCCAUCGGCGGCGAGCCGGCGCCGGCCUGGGAGGGCGGCCAGCGGAGCGCGUCGCCGUCGGACGCGACGGCGAGCGACGGCGACGACGCGCCGCGGGGCCCGGUGAGCGCGUGGGGCGCGCCGCCGGCGGCGCCGCCGGGCGCCGUCACGGACGCGCAGCGCGCGUGGGGCCCGCCGCCGACGACGGGCGUCGGCCGCGCCGUCGCCGACGACGGCGCCAUCCCCGCGGGGCUCGAGGACGUCGAGCGGCGCUCGAACUGCACGCUCGAGGCCAUCGCCGCGGCGCUCUGCUACGCGCCGACGUUUCGCCGCCACUUCGACCGCAAGGAGCGCGAGAGGCAGCUCGCGUCGGCGUCGGCGUCGCUGCGCCGCGCCAUCGAGGCCAAGGACGCCGCGGCGGAGCGGCACGGCGGCAUCGACGGGCCCGGGCGGCGCGCGUUCGACGCCGCGAUCGACGACCUGCGGGCCGCGCUCGCCGACGGGUCCAAGGACGCGCGCGUCGCGCGCGAGCUCGGCACGGGCGGCGCCCACCUCGACGUCGCCGAGGUCUUCGGGGUCCUCGUCGACGAGAUCGGGCGCACGCACAGGGGCGAGUCGCCCGCGGCCGUGCUCCGGACCAAGGGCCGCAUCGCGCAGGCGGCCUGCGCCGCGUGCGGCGCGUCCAACGGCGAGAAGCCCAUCAAGCUCAGCGAGCUCGCGCGGUCCGCGACGGCGUCGGCCAUCGUCCACGCGGCGAAGACGGGCCGGGCGAGGAGUCUGGAGGACGUCUACCGCGAGGCGCACCGCCACGCGGGCAAGAGCUGCGACGCGUGCGGCGCGCCGGGCGCGUGCGCGGUCGUCCACGACCUCGACAAGGUCGCCAAGGCCCUCGUGCUCUCCGUGGCCUGGUUCUCCACGGACCAGGACGCGGCCGACGUCCGCGCGUUGUUGGGGCUGGCGGCGAAGUCGCUCGACGCGCGGCGGUGCUUCGAGGACGCGACGCCCAAGGAGCCGGCGGUCCGGAUGCUCCACCUCGUGGCCAUGGUCACGUUCAAGGACAACCACUACACGGCCUUCGUCAAGGACAAGCACGGCCACUGGACCUGGCACGACAAGGCCGAGGCGACGGCGUGCCGGGGGUGGAAGGACGUCGUCGACCGGUGCUGCAAGACCAAGGGCGCGCCCAUGCUCCCCUACCUCCUCCUCUACGACAACCCCGUCGAGGUCCCGCCGGCAGCGAGGUAAGGGGGGCGUUCUUUUG